AUGUUACGUGAUCCUGAAAAUAGACCUGUAGAAGUGGCCAACUGCUCUGGCUACCAUGGGGACCCAGCGUAUGAGAUGUACCGCCAGGCGACACUGGGCGACGUCGACUUUAUCACCGGUGACUAUCUUGCGGAAGUCAACUUAGCGAAGAAUGCCGAGGCCUGGCGCGCCGGUAAACAUCCGGGCUACGAGGAAACAGCUUGGCAGGGGCUACAGCAAACAAUCGACGUUAUUGCGGAAAAGGGGAUCCGUGUUGUAAUCAACGGAGGUGCUUUGGACCCUAGAGCACUUGCGCUGAAGGUUCAAGCUUUAACGGCUGAGAAGAGACUUGACAUACGCGUGGCUUAUGUAUCAGGGGAUGAUUUAUACCCUCAGGUCGGGCCGAAUAUGCCAACCAGCAAAGAGGAAUUGCAGCACUUGGAUUCUGGAAACCCCUCCAUUGUCCCAUCGAGGUUGACAUAUGCGUUUAUGAAUACAAACGAUGGAAAGCCGCUCCCCAUGACAUCGGCCCAUGCAUACCUUGGGGCCCGUGGCAUCGUCGAAGGCUUGAGGCGUGGCGCACAGAUCAUCAUUUGUGGGCGUGUUGCUGAUGCCAGUCCUGUGAUUGCAGCGGCCUGGUUCUGGUACAACUGGAGCGAAACAGACUAUGACAGACUUGCUGGAGCACUUAUUGCAGGACACCUCAUUGAAUGUUCGGCAUAUGUCACUGGGGCCAACUUCGCUGGCUUUGAUAAAUAUCCGCUAGAAGAUCUUAUUGCUCCAGGAUUUCCCAUUUCUGAGAUCGAGAAGGACGGGACCUGCAUCAUCACCAAGCACCCGGGAACCCAAGGAGUUGUGAACACUGACACAGUGAAAUGCCAAUUCCUGUAUGAGCUGCAGGGAAACGUCUACCUGAACAGUGAUGUUAGUGCACAUAUUGGUAAUAUCGCUUUCGAGGGUGUUGGCAAGGACAGGUACUUGUUGAUAACCCCUCGUUUUAUACUAGCUCUAACAGUAGGCAGAGUCCGUGUAUCCGGCGUUAAAGGGUCACCACCGCCUCCCACUACCAAGCUUGCCGUUUUCUACCCUGGAGGGUAUGAGGCAGAACUACUUUUGAAUGCAACUGGCUAUGCUACUACGCAGAAGUGGGAUCUCCUCGAGAAGCAAAUCCGUCAUUUCCUCCCUGAAGGUGCCGUUAAUGACCUUGAAACACUCGAAUUCCAGAGAGUUGGAGUUCCCGAUCCAAAUCCCUCCUCUCAGCUAAAGAGCACCACAUAUAUACGCAUCUUCAUUGCAGCCCGCACAGCACAAGCGGUAUCAACCGUCGUAAAGGCACUGGGCCAUAUCUCACUAAAACACUUCUCCGGCUUCCACGCAUCCUCCGACAUGCGCACAGCCUUUCCGCGCCCAUUUAUCGCAUACUAUCCCGCCAUAAUCAACCAGUCCGAUAUCAAAGAGAGGAUCAAUAUUCUAGACGGCCAAUUCAAAACCGCAUCCUUCGACAUUCCGCGGCCAUGCCAAUACGAACCCCUGCAGCCACGCGAAAGCUACGAUCCGAUAUCACCAACAGUAUACAACGGCCCAACGAAGGAGAUCCGGCUCGGAGACAUCACACUUGCUCGAUCGGGCGACAAAGGCGCGAACCUCAACUUUGGUAUCUUCGUCUCUGACCCGGCUCAUUGGGAGUGGCUCCGGUCGUUCAUGACCAUCUCGCGGAUGCGGGACCUUCUCGGCGACGAUUGGGAUGACUCGUUCUCGAUCGAGAGGGUGGAAUUCCCACAUAUCCAUGCGGUGCAUUUUGUUAUCUACGGCAUCCUGGGUCGUGGAGUAAGUAGUUCCAGUAGGCUCGAUGGGUACGGGAAGGGGUUUGCGGAUUAUAUCCGGGACAAGGUUGUUUCAGUUCCUGUUCAGUUUGACCUGAAACAAUCAACAAGACUAUAA